GAAGUGCUUAUUUGUUUUAUAAUUGUACAUAUAUCUAGAUUAAGUGUAAUUAUAAGGUAGUUCCUUAGGGAUGGUUGGUGCAGAAGCAGAAACUUCUGUAAGCCAUGCUUUCAUACUCACUUUCUUACUUCUGAAUUUGGGAGUGAGAGUGCUAAGUGCUGAUCACUAUAGCAGAGAUGACUUCCCAAUUGAUUUUGUUUUCGGUUCAGGCACUUCUGCUUAUCAGGUAGAAGGAGCUGCUAACGAAGAUGGAAGAACUCCUAGCAUCUGGGAUACCUUUGCCCAUGCUGGGUAUGCGCAUGGAGAAAAUGGAGACAUUGCCUGUGAUGGGUACCACAAAUAUAAGGAAGAUGUGCGGCUGAUGGUGGAAACAGGCCUUGAUGCCUAUAGAAUUUCAAUUUCUUGGUCUAGACUCUUACCAAGUGGCAGAGGACCCAUCAAUCCCAAAGGAUUACAGUACUACAACAAUCUCAUCAAUGAACUCGUCAGCAAUGGAAUCCAACCACAUGUGACUCUACACAACAUUGAUCUUCCACAGGUACUUGAAGAUGAAUAUGGAGGAUGGCUUAGUCGUGACAUCAUAAGAGACUUCACAAACUAUGCGGAUGUGUGUUUUAGAGAGUUUGGUGACAGAGUCUUGUAUUGGAUGACUGUGAACGAGCCCAAUGUAUUCGCCAGAGGUGGUUAUGAUCAGGGAAUAAUUCCACCUCAACGAUGUUCUCCCCCAUUUUGUCUUACAAAGAGCACAAGGGGCAACUCAACUUAUGAGCCUUACUUGGUAGUUCAUCAUAUUUUGUUAGCUCAUUCUUCAGCUGCAAGAUUGUACAGGACAAAAUACAAGGACAGACAACAUGGAUUUGUUGGUAUCUCUGUCUACGCAUUUGGGUUAUUUCCUCUAACAAAUACAGAAGAAGACAGAAUAGCAUCUCAAAGAGUCCAUGAUUUUUACGUUGGUUGGAUUAUAGAACCUUUGCUGCAUGGGGACUAUCCUAUUUCCAUGAAGACAAACGCAGGGGAAAGACUUCCAACCUUCAAAAAUUGUGAAUCUGAACAAGUUAAGGGUUCGUACGACUUUAUAGGCCUAAUUCUCUACACUGAUGUUAAUGUCACCGACAAUUCUGACUCCUUGAAGAGCAAACUUAGAGAUUACGAUGCCGACGUGGCAGCAAAUAUCUAUGGACCGGAUCUGCUUUCAAAUGAAGAGUACCCUAUCACACCAUCGGGUUUAUGGGCAGAACUUGAGAAAUUCAAGCUUCUUUAUGGCAAUCCUCCGACAUUUAUAUAUGAAAAUGGUCAACGGACAGCAAGAAAUUCGUCACUGCAAGACUUGUCAAGGGUGAAAUACUUGCAUGGAUAUAUUGGUGGCGUGCUUGAUGCCUUGAGAAAUGGAUCAAAUGUAAAGGGGUACUUUGCAUGGUCUUUCCUUGACGUGUUUGAGUUGCUGGAUGGAUACAAAUCGAGCUUUGGCCUAUACUAUGUUGAUAGGGAUGAUCCAGAGUUGAGGAGAUACCCAAAGCUCUCUGCAAAAUGGUACCGUGAGUUUUUGAGGGGUAGAAGCACCUCUGUUGAGCUUGAGAAGGAUCCGUCACGUGCUUUUGCUGGCCACUUAUUUGAGUAACUUCUUUUGUUUUGUCCAAGUAUCUGUUCCUCGAUAGGCUUACUUUUAAUUUAGCAUGCGGAUGUUUGAUUCCUAAUUAUUUGUGUAAAAAAUAUUUAAUUGAAAAAAAAUAAAAUUUACUUUAACAUCUUAUGUCAGAGAAGAAAUUAUUAAUCUUUAUUUGGCACUUCAGGUCUACUACGUUUAAGUCAACUAUGAAUAAGUCUCAAUUUGUCUAUGAAUGAAAUAAAUAAUAAGGAUUUAUAAUC